UGUAGAUGAAUUAACAACAAUGCUUGAAUCAUUACCAUCCUAUGAACAUUCAAAAGAAACUCAAGAAGAAUCAGCAAUUUUUGAAGAUGAUAAUGAACCAUCAACUGGUUUAAUUAAUCUAAUACGAAAAACUUCGAUGCACUCAUCUCAAACUAUUACAACAAAUGAAAUUUCAAAUGCCAUAGUAGCUGAUGAUUCAACAAGUUAUUAUUCUGCUGAUGAUGAUACAACGACAAGUGGAACAAAUUCAACUCCAAUUGCGAUUAGCACGAAUACUGAAGAAGAGAUUAUUGAAGAUAAUGAUGAAGAAAUCAACAUGAAUUUAUUAAAAAUAACAGUUAUACCAAUUACACAACCUUCAGUUGCAGUAGCAGCUAAAAAGAAGGAUAGUUCAUCUGAUAGUGACUCAUCAAGUGAAGAUGAUAAGAAGAAUAAACCAAAUGAUGUACCAGCUAAACCUUUAUCAACAUCAACUCUAGUAGUAUAA